AAGCAUUUUGUUUACAAUAAAAUCUUUUAAUUAUGGAUAAAACAGCCUUUCUCAUUGGUUGUUCUUUAUAUAGGUCAGAGGUCAUUUUUGUACUAUUACUCCAUUCCAUUUGUUGUAUAUCAAUAAACAACCUUUUUGAUUGGUUACUUCACCAGUUAGGUCAAGGGUCACUUUUGUAUCAUUACGCCAAACUGUAUUUAAGUUAGGUUUUGGCGCCUUUUAGUUACAGUUUUUGUCAAGACACGUUUCCAGUCGGUUGUUUUCUUCGAAUUUGUUUUUGGAAAGGGUUUUACUGUGCCCGAAUUUCAUAUUGAUAAGUUUCCUUCAGUUUUCCAUUCAUCAUAUACGAUGUAGAGUAGCGAACUAUUUAAUCGUCAGUUGUUCAGGGACUAGCCUGUUUGUGUGUAUUUAUCUUUUGAAGGACAGGUAUUUUUUAUUGUUUUUUGAAAUUUGUUCAAAAUGACUGACAGGAGAUCAGCUAGAAACAAAGAAGUUCCUGACUAUAAAGCUAUGAAUGAGGGAAAGGGAUUUACUCCCAAGAGGCAAUUAAUUGAACCUGUUCUGGCUUCUCCCAGCCAGUUGUUUGAUUUGAAUGAAGAAGAUUCUACUGUGACACCGCCUGAGGUACUUCCGGAAUCACGUCCAAGUUCAGAUUUGGCCGAAAAAGAGGAAAAAGAGAGGUUGUUGCGGCGUUUGAGUGAGUUGGAUGAGCAUCAGGCUCGUUUACAGGAGCGGAGAGAAUUAGAAAUUCUUCGUAAGAAAGUUGAGGAGAAAGAAGCGUUUGUUAGUGAGUUAGAGAAGUCCCUUCAUCCUCAAGCUUCCGAUCUAUCGUCUAGAAAGAAGGGCAGACAUAUUCGUCCCACUACUUCCAGUUCUCGAGGGCAGAAAUCAUCCAAAUCUUCACAUGCCGGUGCAGAAGAAUCAGAGCUUAAAAUUUUACGCCAAGAGCUCAGGAAUUCUAACUCUUCAGCCUUUGCGGAGGGGACGAAUAAAAAUCUACGUGUUCAGUGGGAGAGUUUUAUUUUAUUUUGUUUAUAUUUUAAAUUUAAAUUUUUACCUGCUUCUACUCUUACUCUUCAAUUGUAUGCUCAAUUUCUCAGUAGGACUUUUGUUUCUGUUGAGAGUAUCAAAAAUUAUAUUAGUGGUGUCAAAACUUUACAUUUUUGUUUAGGUUUUAACAUUGAUCAUAUUAAUUCUUAUUUGUUAAAUCUUUCAUUCAAAGGUUUGCAAAGGUUGAAGCCUAGAUCAGUUAAGCAGGCUGAGCCCAUUACCUUAAGUAUUUUAUUAAAAAUCCAUGAACAAUUAGACUUUUCCAUUCAGGACAAUGUUGUGUAUUGGUGUUUAUUUUUAUUUGCCUUUUUUCUAGUUGCUAGAAAGUCUAAUUUAGUCCCUACUUCUUCUGCUGAUGUUUUGAAGGGUCGGUUUUUAAGUACAGAAAGUAUACGUUAUUUUCAUGAUUACAUUUUGGUCCAUUUUAAUUGGUCGAAAACUAUUCAGUUUGGGGAAAGAGAAGUUGUAAGUCCUUUGUUGAGACUUAAAGAUAAAAGAUUGUGUCCGGUUGUCGCUUAUGAGAAACUGCUUAGUUUGAAUUUAGAUUAUCAUCAUAAUGUUUUAUUUACUCUUACAAAUGGUUCUUAUAUUUCUUAUUACUUAUUUCAAAAAAAACUAAGGGAGUGUAUAUCUUUAAUCGGUUUAUCUCCUGAAAGUUUUUCUACUCAUUCAUUCAGGAGGGGUUUUGCAACCCUUGCUCAUCGUUCCAAUAUUCCCCCAGAGCAUAUUCAGUUGCUUGGUGAUUGGAAAUCAGAUGCUUUCAAAUCAUAUUUAGAAUUAAAUUGGUCUGAUAAAGCACACAUUUUAACUAAAAUGUUUGAUGUUUUAUAGAAUUCAGUUUUUGAAUUUCUC